GACACCUCAUUGUUUACUCGCUCUGUUACAGGAAGUUUGACAGAGGUGGAUCUGUCACAGAGAAAGGAGAGAAGUUUAGAAAACUUUAUAGUGUUUUUUUACACUAUAACACACGAAUGUGUUACAGUUUCAGUUAUAUACAAUUCUCCUGAAUUAUCGCAGGAAUUUAAGAGUCUUUGUUCUAUGUAAUGACUUUAGGGGACGGACACAGGAGAAAAGCAAGAUCAUGCGGUCACAUCAGGUCCCCGCAGCAUUUUAAAGUCCUCUACAUAUUUAGUACUUUAUAUACAAACAAGUGCUUAUUUUCAGCAGAAUGAUGUCUGCACAUAGCAGACAUCUAAUCUCAGCGAUUAGAUAUGGAUUUAACGGAAUAAGGACACAUUAUUUAAGGUCUGACACGGAGUUCUUUCGGCUUUUGAGAGCUUCACGCAUGUUGGUCAGAGAGUUGAGUACCUCAGUUAAAACAAUACAGUAUGACCUGAAAAAAUCAGACAUAACUAAGUCUGGCAAUAGGAAGUUAUUCUUUGAUACUCAUGCAAUGGUUCAGCUGCUUGAGGAAAGUGGUUUCGUGACUCAGCAGGCAGAGGUCAUUGUCAAUAUGAUGGUAAAUAUCACAAAUUCAAACAUGGACGUUAUGUACGGUGACAUGGCUACCAAAACGCAGCAGGAAAUCAUGUUACAGAAAGUCAUGUCUCAUAUUGCUGCUGUGAAAAAGGACAUGAUCAUUCUGGAGAAGAGUGAAUUCUCAGCAUUACUAGCAGAGAAUGAGAAAAUCAAGGUUGAGCUAUCACAGCUAAGAAUACAACUCACUGAUGUGAUAAACAAAAGGCGUGCAGAUGCCAUUUUGGAUCUGAAUGUAGAAAAAAGCUGUGUGAAGGUGUUGACAGCCGACUUUGACAGAAAGCUUAUUGGGACCAGGAAUGAAUUGAUAGAAAUGCAUUCUGAGCAGGAUCGUCACAUGACACAGACUAACAUGAAAAUCGACACAGAAGUGGCGGGCCUGAAGACUAUGCUGGAGUCACAUAAACUGGAUACUAUCAAAUAUCUGGCAGGUUCAGUAUUCACGUGUCUCACAGUCAUACUUGGAUUCUAUCGGAUAUGGAUGUAAACAUCAGCAGAUUUGUUCUUCCUGAGAAA